AGAAUACCUUAUUCGCUUACCUUAUGUGUGGGUAUGCGCAAUCGUUGAAAGCUCCAAUGACCCUGGGAUGAUGUAUUUGGAUUCCAUGUUAAAAUAUGAUGAGCCGAUAAAUUGGCAGAAUUUCGAAGAUUUUAAUGCCAAAUUCUGGGCAUUACGCCUCAAUCUCUUUCGUUUAAUAGGAUAUGAGAAGAUUAAGUUGAAGACCCUUUGUAAGGGAGCGGAAUUUUCCCUUAGUUUUCCAGAUGUUGAAGUUGACUUACCUAAAGCUAAAAAUAACAAAUUGUACAAAUUACUACAUCGAUACCCAGUCACUAAAACUUACGAGAAUAAUCAAGUUAAAUAUGCAAAUAUGACGGAAGUAAGAAAUGGAUAUAUCGACCUUGAUUUACUGAAGAAUGAUAAUAUCAAGGAAUAUAUUGGUUGUGUAUUUCUUAAUGCGCCUGGCCCUCCCUGGGAUGUCUCUUGGUUUCUUAAUGAUGAAAGUUCUAAAUCUGAAAUUUGCGUAGUUCAACAAGAGAAAUUAGCAACUACUACUAAGGUUGUCAUCGACCAAGAUUUAUUCGAUAAAGAGCAUGCAAAGACGAAAGAUUGGGCUUUAUUAUUCUUAACGAAUGCAGAUCAGAAAAACAACCUAUCUAUAGUUGAUAAACAAAAUAGCGCAUUAGUAUCUAUUGAAAAUUUUCAAAAGUUUUAUGGAUAUACAUAUGCGAGUCGGGCACAAUUUGCGUCUGCAAACGAAAAUAUAUAUAUCAAUUCUGCACCUAUUGAGUCACUCACAAUUCUUGGCUUCAAUGAAGAUGAGAGAAUUAAUAUACGUCUUAAACGCAUAGAACGCCCCUUUAAUAGUCUAAAUGAUAUAAAGGAAAGGCUUGGAUAA